UAUUCUGGUAGUGAAGGAAUGUGAGGAAUAAAGCAGUUUGGUAGCACAGGAGCAAGAGGGGAUACUGGGAUCUGCUGCGUGUGUGUAUUUCUAUAUAUGUGCUCUGCACACUGGUACUUGCUGCAUUCCUCAUUCCCUCUUUUAGUGCCUCUUCUGUCCCUGAUAAAAUCAUUUUUUUCUCAAAUCAGAUUUCUGUUCUCUUUUUCUGCUGGUAUCUCUUUAUUACCUAUUUUAUUUCCUCAAUCCUUCCAUACUCUGUCACUUUGCCCAUUGGUUUGCCAUUUCAUUUUCAUUAUCCUCAGCGCUAAAUUGUUCAAUCCCUUGUUUAACUUUUUUUCCAGCCUGCCUGCAAUUCCCAGUUCCCUUACACAUAUUUCCCAUCCCUUUUAACCUCUUCAUCACAUCUCUUUUUAGUUUCAGCUUUCUUUUCAUUUCCUUUUUCCUCCACAUCUUUCCCUCGCUAUUACUGUCCAUUUUUCCCAAAUGGGGGCAGCUAUAUGCCAAGAUGGGGAUAUGGAUUUCCGUCUUAUUUUUGGCGAGGAAGACUGUGACUCUCCUUCUCCCAGGAACACUCUUCAAACAAAUGAUCUGGAAUCAGAGAUCCCUUGCCAUGAAGUUAACACAAACAAUACAUUGUCCCUUAAUCCUCCCAGUGGUUGUGGUUUACGGGGAACUGCAGGUGUAAUGGGAUGUGUGACAAGGGCUGGCAUGCACUCUCCACCACCAAAACGAGCUUCAGAUCAGGAUCUUAAUGGCACAUUCCUCAGUCAACCAUCUCGUUUCAUACCCCUUGGUGGAUCACGGUUCAUAGAGUGUCCCAGCAUUCGCAUAACUAGUGACUCUCCUGAAAAUAGUGAUGGGGAACCAGAGGACCAAGGAGAAGGUGAUUUAUGGGAUGACAGACCUCAUCGUGACCAACUCUUUCUCCCACCUGACCCAUUCUGCUACAGGGACUCUUUUCUAAGCCCUAGCCCAGGCAGCAGUCAUUCUUCCUGGAGUUUUCUGUCUUCUGAAGCAUCUUCAUGUGAUUCCCUGGGACAGAUGUGUGAAGAGGUUGAGAGAGAGCUUAAUGAAGCUGCCUCCCGCUUCACGCUGGCCUCCCCUCUAGGUUCCCCAAGGGGCUCCCCCAAACCUUGGAUUGGCAACAGUGAUGAUUUAUGGCCUGCAGGCUCCAUUUCAGGAAUACCUUCUUCACCUCGUGAAGAUCUGCUGUCACCUUACCCACAAGGUCAAGUUUCCCGACCUACGUCCCCUUGUGGAAAAAGAAGAUACUCAAAUUCUAAUGAAGAUGUGACUCGUCAAGCUAGUUCUCCUUCUCCAGCCCAUUCACGCAGGGGUAGUUUGGGAGAUGAUACUCUCACAUCAGAAAGAGAAGCGUCCCCUAAACCCUGUGAACACAUCCAACAAUCAAUGGCAACACCAUCAGCUGAAAAUGGAGAUAAUAUCCCACAGAAGUCCCGGAGAACUUCUGCAGAACAGAUGGUUGCCCCAGUUAGAUCAGAGGAUUCCACAGGUUCUUGCAAAACGUUUCCCACACCAGCGGGAUCUGUGGGUGAGGAGAAUUCUGUGGUUUUUCCUCAAAACCGAAAAGAGAAUAUGGGAAUGGAUUAUCUGGCUGUUCCGUCUGCUGUGGCAUGGUCAAAAGCUAGAGGAGGUGGGCAAAGCCCUGUGUUCAGGUCAUCUUCACUUCCCCCUCUGGACUGGCCUCUUCCCUGCCAAUUUGAGGGGCUAGAGCUGAGAGUAGAGGUACAGCCACGGACACAUCACCGAGCUCAUUAUGAGACAGAGGGAAGUCGGGGGGCAGUGAAGGCUUCUCCAGGAGGACAUCCUAUGGUAAAGCUUUUGGGAUACAACGAGAAGCCACUCACCCUGCAGAUGUUUAUAGGAACAGCUGAUGAGCGUAAUCUCCGACCUCACGCAUUUUACCAGGUUCACAGGAUUACUGGGAAAAUGGUAGCAACACCAAGUUAUGAGGCCCUUGUGGCAAGCACCAAAGUACUAGAGAUGUCCCUUCUACCUGAAAACAAUAUGUGCGCCAAUAUAGAUUGUGCUGGAAUCCUGAAGCUUCGAAAUUCAGACAUCGAGCUAAGAAAGGGUGAGACCGAUAUAGGUCGAAAAAACACUCGCGUCCGUCUUGUCUUCCGAGUACAUAUACCACAAGGAGCUGGGAAAGGAGUCUCACUGCAAGUGGCCUCUAUACCUAUAGAAUGUUCUCAACGAUCAGCUCAAGAGCUCCCCCACGUGGAAAAUUACAGUCUCAGCGCCUGCACAGUUAAUGGGCAGGAAGAACUGCUGCUGUGUGGGUCCAAUUUUCUUCCUGACUCUAAAGUCAUCUUCCUUGAGAAGGGAUCAGAUGGAAAAUUACAAUGGGAAGAAGAAGCAAAAGUCAACAGGCAUAAAAGCAAUGAGUCCCUCCUCUCUGUGCAAGUUCCUGAAUACUGUAACAAAGAGAUAACGCGGCCCCUACAGGUUUAUUUCUAUAUCUCUAAUGGUCGAAGGAAGAGAAGCCCUAUGCAAACAUUUCGGUACCUGCCAAUUAUUUUUAAAGAGGAAUCUAUUCCUGAACUGGCUUUGCAUAGAUUUCCCUCCUCUCCUCUUCCUCCUCCUUGCCAUAUACCAUUAGGAGAGAUGGAACUUAGCACUUCCUUUGUUCCUCCCCUUCAAUCUAACUUAAAUGAAACACCUAUGGAUACAUCUCCAUAUUACACUACAGCACAUCCACAUCAAUCAUUCCAGGUAGGUCCUGAUUGCAAUAUGACCAAUAGCUCAUUUAUGGCAUGCUACUUUAAUCCACCAAUACCUUCAGAGUUUAAAUGCCCUCCGUCCUAUUCUGAAAAUGGAGAUAUUUCAAUGCCUUUACACUUUCAGUCAAAUUCAAAUGCUCCACUACCCCCCAGCCCUGUUCCCUGGUCCCCUCAACCUUGUUCAUCCCAUCCUGAAUGCUCCUCCACUUUUGGGGGACCACUACUCCCUCAUUUAAACUCACCAAGCAAAUUGGAGGAGACAGUGGCUGGAUCCCAUCAAAACUAUCCAUCACCUUCAAUCUUACAAAGUUUAGAAUUUGAUGAAACAGGUCAAAAUUACUCAUCUGAGUUUAAUAAUUUCCCAGCAUGUGCCCCACCCACAUACACCACUCUGGGUGAUAACAAAACAGUGGAAUCAACUCAAUCUCGAUACUCUCCCAACACUUCAGAUUUGGGCACACAAGGACAAUGCACUGCUACACAUCAGUUUCCACCAUCAUUGAUACAAAACAACAAUAACAAUUCCAUACAACCCUUAAAUGCAGAAACAGGGGAGAAUGGAAUAUUAGAUCAUUCUGGAUUCUCUUCACUCCCACCCAGUUUUUCCCUGUCUGAACAGGCUGGCAUUCCCCAAUCAUUUCCAAAUGCCUACCAAAACUUGCCCUCUUGCAGUGCACCCCCACAACCACACUCCUCAAUUUGCCCCCCUGUGCAUUCUUCCCCUUUCCCCUCCUCCUCUUCCCCAGCAAUCACUAUGAAUCCAACUCAAAAAAUUGAGGGGGCCCUAGAUGCUACAACCACUAAAUCCACAACCCAUACUGAGGGAGACAACUGUUACCAACAUCCUGCACAGGAGUGUUCCAAGCCUGCUGACAGUGAAAGAAGUGCUGUGGGAAAGGAAGAAGGCCAUGGAUUUGAGGGUGCAUUCCAACCUAUUCCAAUCCCUGGGAUAACACUUGAAGAAGUAAGUGAAUUCAUAGGCCAGGAUCUCCACAGAUAUCCUGAGAAGAGCCAGAAAGAUUAAAUAUUUUUGGAAGAAAACAUAACAACAAACCUGUCAGAGCAUCAUUAACCUACAAUCACUAUAAAAAGCAGAUUCUGGGAAGUUUAAUUGAGACAAGGACAAUAAAAUUCCUUCAGGUUUUAGAAUAUAUUCCUCAGAAAGAUAUGCUUCACAAUCCUGGUGGUGAUUUAAACAAAAAAGAAGAGUUAAUGUGCUGAAACUUUUAGUCCUUUUGGGUAUUUAUUGUACAAACCUAAAUACUGUCACAAAUGAUUUUUCCACCAUUCUGCAGUCAUUGUUUGUGACAAACAUAACCCUCACUUGCAAUAAUUUAAUUCAUAUGCCAGCACAAAAACAGCCGGAAAAUGUUAUCUCACUGAAUCUAGGAGAGUAACGCUUUUCUCCUUUACCAUUUCCCAGAAUGCAACCAAGAUUCAGGGCCUUUUUCUUUACUCUUUACACAAAGAUGUCAGAUUGGCUUCAAACUUUACACAGUGAUAAAGGAUAGUCUUGUACUGAAGCGUUUUCCUUUCUGGUAUUUAUUUAUGUUAUAUACACAAGAUCAGCACAGAUAUUGAACAACAAAUGUACAUUUGACCAUUCCGCAGAUGUUUAUCGUGUGGUUUUUAAUUAUCUUAUCUUUACCCAAUACUGCUUAUGUAGCAUAACCUAUUGUACAUGAAAUGUUGCUAAACAUAUGAGAUCCAUUUUGAUGGAUUUACUGAAUUAGAUCUACCGGUAUUGCAAUGUAGCUGGACUAUGCCACUGCUAAUCUAUGGACAUUUAACAUAAAGUGCUCAAGAUUUGAUAUUACUGGCCUGUCUGCUCCCUGUAGCAACAGAUAGGUCUGCAUGCACUGCAGAGAACUGCACAUCUGUUCCUCUUGGAUUGUUGGAGAUGGGUAUACAGAGCACCGUGUGCUAUUGCAACUCAUUCUAUACAGUCUGAUACAAAUGUGCUUCCUUAUGUAGCACUUAAAUAGACAAGUGCAGAUGUACUAUCUGUGCCUCACCUACCGAUAAAAUAAUUCUGUAUAUUUAUAUAAAUAUAUAUAUAUGUAUUUUAUUAAUUUUUAUAUAUAUAUAUAGAUGCCAAUUUGGCAAUUUGUAUGUUUGUAUUUUGCAAAAGAAUCCAUUUUAAAAUGUUUUGAAAGCUCAAUAUAUGGUCUGUGAGUCAAUCAUUUAAAAACAUUUCAUACAUUUAAAAUAACUGUCUUAUUAAAAGGCUGGUUUACUAGAAUACGUUAUCUGUCAUAAAAGGUGAGGACAUCCUUAAAGGGACAGAACACUCAUAAUUGAAAGAAACAUGAAUGCAUUUUCAGAUAUAAUUUGAAAAGAGGCAUUUUUCCACUUUUCAUGUAUUUAAAGAAAUAAAAAUGCUUCUAUUGAGUCUA